AUGGAAAGUGAUUCACAUCUUGGAUUUGAUAGUAUUGCUACAAAGAGAGUCGAAGUUAAAGGACCUGUAAAUUCAGUAUCUUUACCGAUUUACACCUCUUCUACAUUCUUUGUUGAUUCAGCUAAACAUGGUGCCACUCUAUGUCAACAAGAGAAAACUGAAAAAGGAACAAGUCCUUGGCUUUACACACGUUGGGCAAACCCAACCAAUGAUGCUGUUGAACGUUUAAUUACAAAGUUGGAGGUAGGCAAAGCCAACCUUCCAGGUGCAGCUACUUUUGUUACUUCUAGUGGUAUGUCGGCCAUCAGUAGUUCGCUGUUGGCGUUGUUAAAGUCGGGUGAUCAUGCUGUGUUCACCACGAACAUCUACGGUGGAACUCACGAGUUUGCCACCGAUAUACUCCCAAAGCUUGGCAUUCAAGUUACCAUGGUGUCACCACUCGACAUUGCCAACUAUGAAGCAGCGAUUCUGCCAAACACAAAGUUGUUGUACGGUGAGACACCUGCCAAUCCGACGAUGUUGCUCACCGAUCUCUCUGCACUCGGUGCACUCGGUCGUCGUCAUAACAUUACAACGGUUGUCGAUGCCACAUUUGGAAGUGUUUACAACACUCGUCCGUUGGAGCAUCAGAUUGACAUCGUUGUACACUCUGCCACCAAGUACUAUGGUGGACAUUCAGAUUUGAUUGCCGGUUGCAUUACCGUGGCCAACGAGCAGUUACAUCAUCAAAUCGGACAUUAUAUAAGACUUUUGGGAUGUUUGGCAUCGCCACACAAUGCAUUCCUACUUCAACGUGGAAUCAAGACAUUGCACUUGAGAAUGCAACGACACAAUGACAAUGCCUUGAAGAUUGCACAAUUCCUUGAGAAUCAUCCCAAGGUAGAGCGUGUAUUCUACCCAGGUCUAGAGUCACAUCCUCAACAUGAGCUUGCCAAGCGUCAAAUGCAACCAGGUUACAGUGGAAUGAUAGCAUUCGAAGUUAAAGGUGGAGCUGAAGCAGGAAGAAAAGUUAUUGAAUCAGUAGAGUUAAUAACAUUGGCUGUAUCUUUGGGUGGUGUAGAGUCACUCAUUGAACAAGCAUCGACAAUGACCCACACUAUGGUUGACAAAGAGAUAAGAGAGAAAUCAGGUAUUACCGAUGGAUUACUUAGAUUCUCUGUUGGAUGUGAAGAUCCACAAGAUUUAAUUAAUGACCUUACACAAGCAUUAAAGAAAGUUUAA